UCGGUUUCGUUUUUCAAGAGUACAUGUUGCUGUACACAAACAAUAUAAUAUGGGAGCGUCUAAUGAUAAACCCCUCAAAUGCCCGCUGUGUCAUGAAGACUGUCGGAAUCAGGUGAGGCUGAGCUGCGAACACACCUUCUGUCAAGGCUGUAUCGGUGAGUUAUGGAGCGGAUCAUCGACUGGACCUUAUUUCUGCCCCGAAUGCAAGUACGAGUACAAGGAACUGCCAGACUUUUCGGAUGGAGCCUCAACAUCAACAGCCAGACCCAGCGCAAGGUUUACAGCAUUACGUCAUCAUGACAACGAACUUGAAAAAUUAGAUAUAACUUUACACAGAAAAGGUUGGACACUUGGAAAGAAGCUAUCUGCCCGAUAUUCCACCAAGACAUUGCUUGGGAAGAGGAAGUCCAGUUCUGCAUUCCCCGGGAAGUACAGUGGUGGAUACAGACUGGGUUCAGCACCAUCUAGUUACCUCCAUGUCACUGACUCUAAUAAUGUGAUCGACAUUAUUGAUUCUGAUGAUGACACACCAGCACCACCUAAAAGAAAGCCCACAGCAGAUGAGUGCCCAUCUGGAAGCCAGUCUCCAUCCGUGGUUUGGAGGAAUAUUUCUACUAGUGAAACAUCAACACAACACACACAUCCAGAAACAACAUCAUCUAAUGAAAUCGCAUCUCCUCAUAUAGAAUCAUCACCAGACAGGAACACAAGCUCAGUAAGGGAGGACCUGCCUGUUGCUUCCUGUAGAAACGCAGAGGCACACAGAAAAAGCAACACACUUCAAGGAGAGAAAGAAUCCUCAAAAGAGACACCAAUUACAAGAGACACCUCUUCUAAAGCCAGUGACUUACCAAGAGUGAAUGCGACCACUCAUUCGACUGGGCCGCAGGAACAAAUGAGUCCUUCUAAUAGUGAAGAGCCUUCAGUCUUUAGUGUCCCAAGUACAUCAACAGAGAGACUCUCCAGUAGCACCCAUGUGCCCUGCCAUUACUGUCUUUCUUCAGACCAGAAGGUGGCAGUGAAAACCUGCCUGGUAUGUGGGGCAUCAAUGUGCUCUGAGCAUCUGCGUGCACAUCUGGAAAAGCCAGUGUUUCAGAACCAUCCGCUUGUGAACGCUGUGGAGGAUGUGUCUCUCUGGAGAUGCCAGGAGCACCAGGAGAUGAACCGCAUUUACUGUCAAUCAUGUGGAGUGUGUGUGUGCACUGUGUGUUCCUUGGUCGGAUCACAUAAGGGCCAUGAGUGCAUCAGCAUCCGUAAGGCAGAGCAGAAACUCAGAGACUCACUGAAGGAUGAGAUGACAAAAAUACAAAAAACAGAAAAGUCCAUUGUGGAAAAAGCCUUUGUGCUCAGUGAGAAAAAACAUGGUGUCCAGACAGGUCUGGAGGAAGUGCGAGCAGCUGUGUUGCAGCACUAUCAGGCCAUGCGGGAGGCUCUGGAGCAUGAAGAGGCACAGGCAAUGCACUGUUUGGCUCAGGAAAAGGACAGAGUGCUAGGGAGCAUCGAGAGGCAGCUUGACACCUUGCAGGGUGCCCUGAUAUCUAGUCAGAGCAUAUUAAACACCCUACAAGGAAUGACCACUGAACAAGAGCCGUCACAAUACCAGGACCAAGCCUUUAUCAUGGAAUACAGCAAGAUAGCAGCACAACUGAAUGGACUGUCUGAUCCUGUGCAAAACCUCAAGCCUCCUCAGGAGGUAAACCAGGGCCGACUGGACUGUCUUCAAGACUGGACUGAGCGGAGACUGGACACUGUCCUCAUAUCACUGCCUCACAGAGACCCGUUCAGAUUGCUGUAUGGGAUAAGCCCAACUCUGGAUCCUGAUACUGCCCAUCCAAAACUGCUACUGUCUGAUGAAAACAGGACGGUACAGUACACUGAGACUCAGCAGGAUUACACUGAGCAGGAGACUCGCUUCAACAUUUUCCCACAGGUUCUUGGCUCCCAUGCCCUAGAUAGGGGCUGCUACUACUGGGAGGUGGAGGUUUCUCUUGAUGAGGGCCGCUGGAAGGUGGGAGUCAGUGAUGGACAAAUAGGCAGAAAGGGGCAAAAGGAUGUUUGUCGUAUUGGCUUCUACCCCAAUUCCUGGUGUCUAAUAUAUGAAAAGGGGAAAGUGGAAGCCAUGCACGAUAAGGUGGCUUCACCUGUGUGCACCACUGGACUCUGUAAGGUCGGGGUGCUGCUGGAUUUUAAUGAGGGCCGCUUGUCUUUUUAUAGUGUGGCAAAGGAUGGGGCUCUUUCUUUGCUGUACAGUUUUGAGCAUAAGUUCUCUGAGCCACUGUAUAUGGCAAUGGCAGUUUCUAAAACUGAGCUCACCAUCUGUGAUGUAUUUACCAAGCCCACUACAGACUAGACUAUGUUUGUGCUUUUAUGAAACAUUUUAUCGUUAAGCAGCACAAAACUCUUACAUUCCACAAAACUACAUAAAUCCAAUAGUGAUAAUUGCUGUUCCCAGUAGUGCAGCAGGUCUUGAUGGAAACAAACCAAUUUGGCCUGCUUGAAUUUUUUAUUUUUUUUUCUCAGAAUGACUAAUGAAUGUUAUCUGCUGUUUUGGAAAGGUAGGAAAAUGAUCAUAUCUGAGCCAUUUUAAACUUACAUUCCAGUUAUAUACUCUUUAUUUUUAUGUAUUUAUGCCAUCUGGAAUGGUGUAAUUUUCAAAAACAAUCUUGUGUGGCAUUUUGACUACAUUUUUAAUAUUUUCUCCACUAAAAACUUUUUUAAUUCAUUUUGAGAAUGUAUUUUAAAAUUCAUAAAAAAAAUUUUUUGUAUUUUUAUAUUGAUUAAAAUAAAAAAUUGCACUGUAUUACCAUGUACAACAAAAUAAUACGGAGUUCAGGAUAAACAUUUGUCAGAAAUCUAUUAAAACAAUUUAUUUGAAUACUUGUGUCAAUUUUUAACAGUACAUUUUAGUUUACAUAUUUUGCAUCAAUAUAUUUUUUCAGUCUAUAAUGAAUGUAAUAAUAAACAUUAUUUUAAACUAAUAAAAUGAUUGAUUCUAUCCUGUAUUUAGACUUAAAGGUGCACUCAGUAACUUUUUGUUAGUGUCAUCUUGGACUUACAGUGACACCUAGUGGUGUGGAUGCAGCAUCAUUCAAAAUCAAUAGUUUUCAGUUACAGAUGCCAUUGUAGAAAUUCACUAUUCACAAUCAGCCAUGAUAAAUUUAAUCCAUGAGUGAAAGUGUCUAAUAACAAGAUGGUUACUGAGAUUAAGUGAGUAGUAUUCAGCUGGACAUGUGAUUCUAAAAUGGCAGCACCCAUAAGGGCACCCCUGCCCCAUGUAGAAUAAAACAGCUUUUAUAAGGUUACUGAUUUGACUAGAGUCCUCAUCUCAAGUGAGUGGUCAUGAUUUUAUACAUAUGUUUCAAAAUAACAAUUAAUUUCUUUAGGAGUUGAACCUUUUUUAAUGGGUAAAAAAUUACUGAGUGCACCUUUAAUUUGGAUGUUUUUACCCAACCUCAAUCACCUACUACAUUUAAAAAUAUAUAUUUUUGCUACUGAAUCUAUGUCAUUCAUUAAAUUCUACAAUGUUGAAUCAUUUAACUGGUUCAAGUUUUCUGUUGUUUGAGUGAAAUCUGUGAAGUCUGUGUACUAAAUAUUCCAUUGCAACUCCAGAUGGCAGAAUUGUUCAAAAUCAAAUGGAAAAUAUGCUACUUUGGCAUCAAUUAGUCAUAUAGGAAAAUCAAACAAAGAGGUGUUUAACAGUGUGCCAAAACUUAGGGAAUCAAUUCAGAUGUCUUAUUUCAGAUGUUAUCUGAUUCAUAGAUGUUUAACCACACAAAUACAUAAUUUAAUCUGCAGGGUAGUGUUGUCAAAAAGCAAAUUAUUCAACAAUUAUAACAUUUUCUUUUAAGACAUUUUGUGUUAAAGCCCCUGUUAUCACCAAAGGCAUUUUCUCUUGGCAUGUUUUGUAAAUAACGAUGCGCUCCGUAUUUUAUGAGAGAACAAACCACUGGUGGGAG